GCGUAGGUGGCAAAUGUAACAUUUGCCAACAAGUCAUAAAAACUUCUGGAAAUACAACCAAUUUACGGUUCCAUUUGACCCGAACACAUCCUAAUAUUCAGAUGAAGAGGGAUAUAGCUGAAACUAACGCUACAGAAUGUUCAAACUUAACAAAACAGAGAAAAAUUGUGCCACAGGAUGAAAUUGAUAUAGACGAGGAUUUUGAUUUUACGGAUAAAUCUAUACCAUCUCCUAGUUCCCCUGCUUUAUCAGUUUUGUCAGGUCAUUCACAAUCAGAGACAUCGGUUUCAUCAUUACCAGUCGUAAAAAGGAGGCAGCCUACUCUUGAUCUUUCUUUUAAAAACCAAAAAUCAUUUCAUGAUGGAGGAACAAAGGCGGCUGAGUUUACUAACAACCUUAUUUUCAUGAUUGCAAAAGAUAAUUUGCCUCUUGCAACAGUAGAAAAGGAAGGAUUUAAAACUUUCAUGAAAGUUGUUGCACCAUUGUACAAGAUUCCCAGUCGGAAGACGAUGACGAGCCUAAUAGAAGAAAAAUAUGAGUUUUUAUCAAGUAUGAUAAAAACUCAAAUUUCAGACAUUACAAAUCUAUGUUUAACAACCGACAUUUGGACGGAUACGCUAAAUACUAAAAGCUUUUUAGGUCUUACAGCUCAUUAUAUUUCAAAAGAAACAUAUAAAUCUGUAACUAUUGGUGUUAGUGAAUUAAACGACCGGCAUACCUCUGAAAAUAUAAAAAUGUGGUUGUUAAACAUCUUGUGCGAAUGGAAUAUAAAUAUAGAAAAUGUUGUAGUAGUUGUUUCCGACAAUGCAGCCAACAUAAAGAAGGCAAUUACAGAAGCGUUUGGUACGGAGAAACAUUUGCCGCGCUUCGCACACACUUUAAAUUUAAUUCCAGCAAUCAUAAUUAAAGAUGAUGCUACUGUUAGCGAAUUUUGUAAAAAAAUUAAAAAUAUCGUUACAUAUUUUAAGCAUUCUGUAGUUGCUGCAGAUGAAUUGCGAACUCAGUCAAAUCUUAAGUUAAUACAAAGUGUCGAAACUCGAUGGAAUUCGACUUAUGAUAUGCUGGACCGUUUCAUUGAGUUGGCAGAUAAAGUUAGUACUAUUCUCCUGAAACAUCCUACAGCACCAAUAAUGUUGACUGCAUCAGAAUUACAAGCUGGAAAAGAAUUUAUACAAUUAUUAAAGCCGUUUGAUGAAGCAACUAAAAUUGUAUCCGGUGAACAAUACCUUACUGGGAGUAAAGUUAUCCCCAUUGUUAAUACGUUGAAAAAUAAACUAGAUAUGCUCACGCCGUCUACUGAAAUAGGUAUUCACUUUAAAAAUGUAAUAGAACAUCAAUUUGCGAGAAGAUUAAACAAUAUUGAAAAAGUUCAACCAUUAGCGAUCUCGACUAUAUUAGACCCUCGAUUCAAAAAUAUUAAUUUCUCGGAUAGAAUAGCAUGCGCUUAUUCUAUAAAUAAAAUAACCCAAAUGAUAAAUACAAACGAAUUAGAUGAAUGCAAUGAUCAAAAUGUACCACUAGAUAAUUGUACAGAAACUGAUAAUUUCUGGACAUACCAUGAACACUUGGUUAAUAGAUUUAAAUACAUGUCUAAAGAUAAGGAAUUUUCAAUGGCGGAUGAGCUUAAAUAUUAUCUAAAUCAACCACCAAUAAAGAUGGAUGACAAUCCACUGAAAUAUUGGCUAGUUAAUAUGCAUUCGUCUUUAAAAAAGAUAGCUUUGAAAUAUUUGUGCAUAUCUGCUACAUCUGUUUCAAGUGAACGACUAUUUUCUCGUGCUGGAAACAUUAUGACCAAAAAUAGAAAUCGUAUUACGGGUGAGCAUCUAACACAGUUGCUUUUUCUAAAUUCUCUUGCUAUAGAAGAUUGGUUAUUGUAAGCAUGUAAAAAUAAACUUAACAUAAGCAAACUAAUAUAAACGUAACGUAAACUUAGUGUAAACUUUUGUAACUUAAGGUUGCCUGACUUACUUAUAUAUUUAUAACUUAAGAUGCUUAAGACGUUAAUUUUUGUAACUUAUUACAUGAUAUUU